AUGACUGGAACAGGAGCUGCACCAGCUGGUGGUCCCACUGGCAAUUACGCGGGACAGCAAUCCCAUCGAUCAUACGAAGAACGGGCCGCAGCCCGAGAGCAGAUGAUGAGCAACAUCCGAGAGACGUCCCAGCAGGACCGCCGCGUCUAUGUCGGCAAUCUCUCAUACGACGUCAAGUGGCAUCAUCUCAAGGACUUUAUGAGACAGGCUGGAGAGGUACUCUUUGCCGAUGUACUAUUACUUCCAAAUGGAAUGUCGAAGGUGGGCUUCAUCGCAAUUGUGGAAUAUGCUACAAGGGAGCAAGCUCAGCAGGCUGUUACUCAACUCAGCAACCAGAACCUAAUGGGUCGCCUUGUCUACGUUCGAGAGGAUCGCGAAGCUGAACCUCGCUUCAUCGGCGCUACGGGAACCAGCUCCCGCGGCGGAUACGGUGGUGGUGGUGGUGGUGGCGGCAUGCCCGGCGGAGGAUUCAACGCUGGAUAUGCUGGCGGUCCCCCCGGCGGUGGUGGUGCUGGUGGAGGCGGCGGUGGCCGCCAAAUCUACGUUGCCAACCUCCCCUACAAUGUCGGCUGGCAGGACUUGAAAGACCUUUUCCGACAAGCAGCCCGAAUUGGCGGAGUGAUGCGUGCUGAUGUGCACGUCGGUCCCGACGGCAGACCUAAGGGUUCAGGAAUCGUCGUCUUUGAGAGCCCCGACGAUGCACGGAGCGCUAUCCAGCAGUUCAACGGCUACGACUGGCAAGGCCGCAUGCUCGAAGUUCGCGAAGACCGCUUUGCCGGUGGCGGCGGCAUGGGCUUUGGUGGCCGUGGAGGAUACGGCGGCGGCAUGCGCGGUGGUUUCGGCGGCGGCUUUGGAGGUCGCGGCGGCUUCGGUGGACGUGGAGGAUUUGGCGGAGGCUUCGGUGGACGUGGGGGCUUCGGCGGCGCUGGAGGACCUGGUGUAGGUGCCGGGGGUGGUGGCGACUUCGGUGCUGCCGCUCCGCCAACCGUACUCCCCAAUCCCUUCACCGAUAACGCAACUGCCGGCACGGAAAAGGGCGAGAUCAUAUACGUUCGAAAUCUCCCUUGGUCGACUAGCAAUGACGACCUAGUCGAGCUCUUUACGACGAUUGGCAAGGUGGAACAGGCCGAGAUUCAGUAUGAGCCUAGCGGCAGAUCUCGAGGCACCGGCGUGGUUCGUUUUGACUCUGCCGACACUGCUGAGACGGCAAUCGCCAAGUUCCAGGGCUACCAGUAUGGUGGUCGACCGCUCAACCUGAGCUUCGUCAAAUACCUGAACCAGCCCGGAAGCGACAGCAUGGAAACCGACGCUCAUGCUGGCUUGACACAGGACCAGAUCAUGUAG